GCCGCCGUUUAUCUGCUGGGGAUCGAUGGCGCUGCGGUAUUCCACCUUGAGAGGAAUUUGCCUUUCUCGUCGAACUCGACUUCCAUGGAGCAGCUCACAGCUCGGGAUCAAGCCAGGCAUGCGAGGAUCUUGCGAGGGUCCACCGCCGCCGAUGGAGUUGUCCACUUCCCCGUUUACGGUUCAGCGGAUGCCAAUCUGUUCGGACUGUAUUACACAAAAAUAAACCUGGGUUCGCCACCAAGGGAAUUCAAUGUGCUGAUCGACACUGGGAGUGAUGUCUUGUGGGUGAUGUCCAACACCUGCGUCAAUUGUCCACGCUCCAGCAAUCUACAGAUCCAGCCUACGUUUUAUGAUGCCACUGCAUCCUCAACCGCAAGGGUCAUUCCUUGUUCACACAAGGAUUGUGCUCCAUUCAGUAAAAGCGGCACAUCUUGGUGUUCAAGUAACGGCCAAUGUGGCUACACGUUCCAGUAUCUGGAUUUGAGUGUAACAUCUGGGGUUUAUGUGAAAGACGAGCUUCGUUUCGAUUCAAUUUUGCCGGGUUCCACGAUUCCAAAGUCCCGGUCGGCCCCGAUUGUGUUUGGGGUAAGUACCUACCAGUCGGGACGCUUGACCAGCACCCAGCACGCAGUUGACGGAAUUUUGGGUUUUGGGCGUGGAGAUCUCUCCGUUUAUUCCCAGUUAUCUUCCACAGGGCUAACACCCCGAGUCUUCUCCCAUUGCUUAAAGGGAGAUGGAAUGGGAGGUGGUAUUUUUGUCCUCGGCAAAAUUUUGGAGCAAGGGAUUGUAUAUACGCCACUCACUCCAUCGAAGCAUCUGUACUAUGUACAUCUACAGAGUAUUGCAGUCAGUGGAGAUAUGCUGGGUGUUGAUCCGGUGGUGUUUACCAAUGGCGGGACAUUCUUUGACACAGGCACGACUCAUGCCUAUCUAGUCGACGAGGCUCAUGACCAAUUUGUCAACGCUGUAAGUAAACAUUUGAGUUGAGAGGAAGUGAUUAGAUAAGGUUGCUUAGCUCAAAGCUAAUGAUGACAUGUUGAAAAUUUAGGUCACAACUGUAGUUUCCCAAUCCGCAGCUCCUACAACGAGAAGAGGGUUUCAGUGUUACCUCGUCAAUUCGAGUGUAUCUGUAUCCCAGCUGUUUCCUGCAGUGAGCUUGCAUUUUGAUGGUGGCGCUUCUCUGGUAUUGAAACCAGAGGAGUACCUUGUCCAGUCUUUUUUGGACCCUGCUGGGAUCUGGUGCCUGGGUUUUGGGAAGAGUCCACAACUUACAAUUUUAGGAGAGCUUGUGCUGAAAGAUAAGAUUUUUGUCUACGAUUUGAUUCAUCAGCAGAUUGGAUGGACUCACUUCAACUGUUCAUCGGCACCAAACGUCUCCAUUUCUAGAGACUACUUCGUCAGUUCCGCACAUUCGAGCUUGAGUACCUGUUCAACAGGCUCGCUACCUCUAGGCAUCAUCACCUCUGUCUUCUUGUUUGUUUUUUUGGUUAAGAUAGUUCAGUCUUGAGAUUGCUUCUCAUUGUACCAAGCACCUUAGUAUGUAGAUUGUUGACUUGUCGUCGCCAGUUUGUUG